AGCAAAUUGCUGGCAGUUACUUAUCUUGAAUGCAGAGCAGGAAAAUGAAAGUAAAUAACUCCCGUAGCAAAGGUCCGCCAGAAGCGGGAGCAAGGUACAGGAACUGACGAACAAAUCUCACCAUUUGCUAAGAAGGUAUAGUCCUAUUCUUCAGAUCUUUGAUCCAUGUCUUCCUCAUCAACGAUUGUUUGCAUUUUUAUCUUUCUUCAAAUCUCCCAUGUGCUAACUUCAGGUCAAUUUAAAAUCAAUCCACCCCCAAAGCCUAUAGUUGGUGUCCUUGGAAAAGAAGUGAUCCUGCCAUGUCAACUAACAACUUCAAGCAUACCGGAAAGCACCAACAUCAAGGUCCAGUGGAUCUUGGAUAAAUCCUCGGAAAAAACUGACGUGAAAUCCUACUAUGGUCGAAACAGGCCAGAAACACAGGAUAACAGAUACCAAGGUCGAGCUGAGCUUUCCCAGAAUGAUCUUAAUAAAGGGAACAUGUCUCUGAUUCUGAAGAAAAGCCAUCUGUCUGACCAAGGAAAUUACACCUGUAUAGUCUUCCUUGGGGACUGGUAUGAUGAGGUGGUGGUUGAGUUGGUUUUGGCAGCAAAAGGAACAGAGCCCACCAUUGCCUUGGUGGAUUAUAAAGGCUGGGGGAUUGGCCUCACCUGCAGCUCCAACGGUUGGUACCCAAAGCCCAAGGCUCUCUGGCUGGACAGUGAAGGGAAAGUCCAAAGUAAACAGUCAGACACUACAAACACAGAGACCAUGGCUGGGAACUUCAGUGUUUCCAGUUCCAUUACAACAGAGUCAGGAGUUGACCAUGAAGUCUCUUGCAAAAUCAUCAACGAACUCCUCGGGAUGGAGAGUGAAUCAAGAAUCCUGAUCUCUGAUGCCCUUUAUCCUACCACAUCCCCUUGGCUAGCACCCUUCCUAAUCAUUCUGUUGAUUUUCAUCUGCCUUCUUGUUGGUGCUGGGUACAAACUGAGACAGAGUUAUCAGAAGUUAUCUCAAUGUGAAAAGAAGAAGAACAAAACACAAGCUGACCAAAAUUAUCUAACCGAAGCAAUAGAAACUGAGAAACGCACAGGACAAGCAAGUGUUUUUGAACUAGAAUACCGUUUUGGUAGUCUCAUCUAUGAGCUGGAGGCUAGAAGAGCUCAGGACUACGCAGUUGCUGUCACUUUGGAUUCAUAUUAUAAACAUCCAGAAAUCAGCACCAGUGGGGAUAAAGAAAGAACCAGCCUUCAAACUCUCACCCCAGGGGAAGGAGCAACUGUUCUGGGAACUCGGAUUUUUGUAGGGAAAGAAGGUUAUGCUGCUGGGAAACACUACUGGGAGGUGGAGGUGGGAGAGAGGGUGGACUGGGAGCUGGGGGUGCUGACUCAGGCUGAAAGGGACAAAUUCAGAGAGAGAAAGGCUCUUAGGUCCUUUCAGGAAGGCCGCUGGGCUCUGAGAAGCAGCCAAGGAAAAUUCUUUUCCGGUCCAUGUGAGAAAGAGAUUGAAAAGAAGCCACAUCAGUCUUAUUCAGUGAUUGGUUUGUUACUAGAUCAAGAAAAGGGGGAAAUCUCAUUUUAUAACACCAGUAAUCCCAGAUUCCUUAUAGAUUCUAUCCCCAUUAAAUCCACUGACAAAUUGUACCCAUUUUUAGAUUAUGGCAGUGCUUCAGAAAACAGUGACCCUAAGCCAUCAGAGAAAAGCAGUGCUUCAGAAAACAGUGGUCCCAAGUCAUUAAAGAAAAGCUUUUUAAACUUUUUCAAGAAACCCUGAUAGAAAAGAAGAGUUCUCAGGGAAGAACUGUUGGCAUGAAAUGCCCAGGCUUCACAAGGAGGGUAGAAUAAUGGAAACAGUACUAACACGGUUGAACUGAUGGAUAUUUUGCUUUGCUUUUGCCAUUUCUUUUUCUUUCAUUUUUUUUUAAACCCCCAUUGCUAUGGAUGCACAUUUAUGGCACCAACUCGACCGUCAUAGGAAUCCUAUGCUGCCCCUAAGUCAGGCAUUGUUCUUGAACCUCUUCCCUCCAACACAGAUCAUUCUCAGAAAUAGAAUAUAUAUUGUGCCAUUAUUGUAAAUUUUCCUUCAUUUUUGUGUAUGAGCCUUUGUCAUAUUUGUAAAUAAAAAUAUUUUUAUAAAAACCAAAAACAGAGUUGGUUGCAAGUUGAAUGCUAAUGUCCUCACUGCCCCCCCCCCCCGAACAUUUUGGUUCAAUUGAAAGCCUUUAUGUAGUAGAGUUCAUGUGCAAAGCAGGCAGAGUAGAGACUGAAAUGGGGCAAUCUGUGUUUGAGGAAUAAUUGAGAAAAGUAAGGAAGAAGGUGAAAGGGAAAAGAGAGUGAAUGUGAAAAUAGGGGAACAAAAGGGGGUUGCAAAAAAGGAGGGAAUAGGAGACAUGGAAUUUGGGUUAAAGAUUAAAGCAGGGGUAUGCAACGGUCUGAAGCAGAGGAGGGGAAGAUGUCUUCAUAACUGAGCAGAAGGUAAAAAGAGAUAUAUGUCUGAACAAGCAUGCUUGGACACCGUACACAUCAACUCAGUGCACAGGUCCAAGAGGAUUAGUACCUUUUUUGUGGAGUCAAUAUGUGAAUAGCAUUAUCAGUUAAAGAAAAAAAAAAACUUGUCACACUAGGAAGUAGGGAAAU